GUUCACUUGCAAGUUGAAGUGUGAUAGACUAAAGGUUUGCUUAUCCCAGCUGCUUCAUUUACUCCACGGAUAACGUCAAUGACACCAGACCAAGUCAAGGAAUUUAGCAAGGAAUUAAAUGGUAAGUCAUCAUUCAUUAUUUUGUUUAUUAUUUUCAAAACGUGAUUAAGCUGUUUAGCUUCUGUGUGUGUGCAAGGCAAGCUUUAUUGAAGUAACAUAUUGUGAAAAUGUUAAAAAAAAAUAAUAAUAACCAGUAACCUCUAAAAUGCAUUCACUACUCCAGAUAAAAGGAAAUGCUUCAUCUACAGGGCAAAAAAAAACAGCCAAUAAAGUUGACCAGAAUAGAAAGAAAGAAUUGGAAAUCCCCUCCCCCCCCAAAUAUUGCAAUUAAGAUGUAAAGAUGUCACUGUUUAGUGAAUGGCACACAUGGUAUAUAAUCUGAUCUUUUAAUCAAAGAUAACUAAAUGUCUAUUGAUAAAGUACUAGCUAUAAGAUUUCCUUAAAGUAAUAGCAAUGUUUUGCUGCUGAUAUCUGAAUUUGGAAAUUUAAAUAACAAUGCAUUGAUAUUAAAAAGGGGGAUUGUCAUUUUUUUUAAUUUUUUUUUUUAUAACUGUUUGAAUAAUUUGGAAUUUCUGGAUUUUCCAAAGGUUAAAUGAUUCAAUGUUUAAUCGUUCAUUUGUUCAUAAGAAAAACAGUGAUCAAUAAUGAGAACUUUAGAAUUGAGGAAUUGAAGAACAUUAUAGAAUUUCGACAUUAGCAACAACUUUAAGUAGAUCAAUGUAGAUUAGGAAAAUAAUGCAAGCAGAAAUGGAGGCAUGAGGUUUAAUACAUUCAUUUGGUCAAGUAGACUGUGAAAUGUAAAGCUCUGAAUCACAAUUGAGUUUACUCACUGAACACUAAUUUAGAGUGAACUUAAAACCAGAUUGAAGAAUAAAGGCUAACAUUAUCAAAUUGUGAUUGUAGCCUAAUUUUGUAGCCUAAAUUUGCAAUUGGUUUUCAAUGUAUUUAUUGAAAAAACACCAAUAUACUGCAGAAGUCUAUUGUAUUUAUUGUAGACCAGCUGUGUCAAGCCUGUACCACUCACUGUUAUCAGAUAGCUAUGCAGAAUUCUAUUAAAGAACUUUCAGAGUUCUGUCUAACUCAACAGGAAGCCUACUGACGGACAGCCAUCAUUCAGGCUUUUUUUUAACAUUUGCUGCAUAACUUGAAUUGUUGCAAAAAUCUCAGGAUUCUGAGUUAAACAUAAUUCAGAUGAGCACAAAUACAUUAAUAAAACAGGGAUCUAGGGUGCUCAAUAACAUUGAACGUUUAAUUAAAGUUGAACUGUCACUACAACCCAAAAGCCAACUAAAGGACGGUUAUGGUUUAUGAUUUAGCUCUUCUAGAAUUUGCAAUAGAUAUAGUUUUAUAAUUGAUAUAACAAGCCUUAAGCACAAGUAAUCACACCCCUAGCAAAGUGGACUACAAUGUUCCCUUAAAAGACCACUUCACAUACAGAGCAUUUUAGCUUGACUGAGUGCUUUAUGUGUGAAGAGUGUGUCCUCUUUUUUUGUUUUACAAAAAAUGCAGAUUGCAAUAGAAAUUGACACUUUUAUAAAUUAACCUUGUUAUUAGUGAGAGUGUUUGUGUCUGUCAGAGUGUGUGUAGGUCUGUCAGUGAGUGUAUGGUUGUGUCUGUCUGUGAGUGUGUAUCAAAUAAGUGUGUGUGUGUGUCUGUUACACUGACUGUGUAUGUUUAGGUGACCUGGCCCCCUCCAAUCAUAUUGGAAACAUGUUUCUACUUACCUUUUUUCCCACACCAUGCUGGUGGCACUGUGAUUUGUCCCCCCUCCACGGCUGAGAUCAUCAGUCUUGACCAUCUCAGCUAAUUCAAUUCUUCCACAUAAAAAAGCACUGGGAGACUAUUGUGCAUCCACAGCAAAACACCACGCUGCGCCAAUCAACUUCCCCUCAUAGAGAUGCAUUAAAUUACUGUAAGCAUUGACGUAGGUGCACACUGUGCAGCACUGACCCCGGAAGCACCUCUAGAGGCCGUCUGAGUGACUGUCACUAGAGGUUACUAGCCACCAAUGUAAACACUGUCUUUUGUCUGAAAAGACACUGCUUACAUUGAAAAGCAUGCAGACUCUGAAUAAAAAACUAAAUAAAACUUUCAAUAAAACAUUUGCCCUGUUUUGCAUCGAUUAAUAUUGAGAUUUAUGAGUAAAUUGAAGAUCUAUGAACGGAAUGUAUACUUCAACAUGGUUAACAGUUUCCUGAGCCUUUCUUAUGAAAGACUCGAGACUCUGCAGUAUUUCAUUUCCAUUCUGUGAUACCGUGCCACUAAACUUUCCGUUCAAAUUCACAAGAGCCAACAGUGUUAGAGCCUAUGCAGCAUAUUUCAGGAAGGACACCUGGAAAGAAUAACAUUAAAGAAUAUGUUUGACAGUAUUUACAUAUGUUGUGCCAAUCUGCCUGUUUACUUGCAAAGUUUUAUUUUAUAUGCUUCUCCUGCUCACAAGAGAACCAGCCAAAAAGCCAUUAAUGGAAUGACUUAGGACAGGGAUGUAUGAAACGUUCAGUGCUUGGUCAAUAUUUCAGUUGGGAUAGCUGGGAUUUCCCUGUGGGCACAAAUGGUCUUUAACCCCUUAAGGACAUAUGACAUGUGUGACAUGUCAUGAUUCCCUUUUAUUCCAGAAAUUUGGUCCUUAAGGGGUUAAAGAAACUGUCCCUAACAAGGUUAUUCACCAAACUGAGAAUUCUUGGUAUAUCAAAGUGGAUUAUUCACUAAAGGGAAAAUUGCUGGAAACUCAAACUCCAUUUAAAUUUUAAGGCCAGAGUGUCGGAACUGGAAGCAUAGCUGACUUGGAGAAUUAUUCCAGUUUGGCUACUUUCCCCUUAAAUUUUUAAAUUCACAUUGUAGUCCUGCCAAUUCUCCCUUAAAUGGAUAACCCUGUGAGUUCAGCAAGUCAGUUUCAGAAAUCUGAGUGAAAUAGAUACAUAUUAUGUGAAAGUUUUUUUUACUGAUUUCAUACGGUGAUUCUGAAGUGUAAAACGAAUACAUGUGAAGCAGCCAACUAGGAGAUAUAUACUUUUUCAUAUCCAUGGUGACUGAUCUACUCUUAUGACUUGAUCCUGGAAAUUCUCAUACCAUGAAACACUGACAUGAUUAUUUAAGUGAGAAUUUAAAAUGAAAUAAAGUGAAUUUCAGAUCAAGGGUCAGAGUAGCCAGACUCAAAGCAUGGCUGACUUUGACAAUUCACUUUAAAUCACAUGCCUGUAAAUCAAUGAGUUUGUUGAACUGAGAUCAAGCUGACAUACACCAAGAGUUAGUGUUCCCAGCUCCCCAGUACGAUGGGCCACUUUGUGAUCUCCGGUUGAUGCAAUUUAAAAUGCCGAAAUAAAGAUAUAUAUAUAUAUAUAUAUAUAUAUAUAUAUAUAUAUAUAUAUAUAUAUAUAUAUAUAUAUAUAAUGUGGUUUUUUUAUUAUUAUUUUGAGGAUUAUCUGGAAUAAAUACAAAAUUUUAAAGAAUAUAAAAAUCAUUAGUUUCAUAUAAAUUUUGAGACAUUAUUUUAUUAGCAUGGAUAAUUUGGAUAAUUUGGAUAAUUUAUCUAAGACUUGGCAGAUGCAAUGAUACUACUUAAAAAAUAGAUUAAUGACUGUUUCUCUCUGGAGACAAAACUCUCUUGAUUAUUAGAAAUAUCUUCGAGGAUACAGGAGGGAGUGAUAUAAAAAUUGUGCAUUAGAUAAUAGAAAUUAGUCCAUGUUAAUGAAUUACUAUAAUGUAUCCAUGUAGGGUAAUGAACGUUUGCUUUGUAGUGGAUCUCCCCUAGGGAGAUUAUUCAGUGAGCAAUUAGUUGUGAUUAGUAGAUAGCUGUACAAUUAAAGGCAUAUUCCUCCACCGUAGUCGCAGUCUCCCUUCCUCUCGGACAGAAAAUGGCACAUGCGCAGCAAAGGCUGCAAAUAAACCAUUCAAAUUGCAUGAUCGCCCCAUAGAAUGCUUCUCAUAGGGAAGCAUCAGACUGCUGCAUCCCUGUGAAAAUGUUCACUUGUUCCUAAAUCAAUUCAUAAAAGUUCUAAUUUCUUUUGAAAAUUUUACUUUUUUGAGUUGAAAAUAGAAAAUCGGGCCUCUUGUUAAGGGACCACAAUAGUUCAGGAGUAGUUAACCUUCAGCACCCCAGAUGUUGUGGACUACAUCUCCCAGAAUGCUCUUAGGGCCAUAAUGCUGGCAAAGCAUCAGGGUAGAUGUAGUCCACAACAUCUGGAGCGCCGAUGGUUGCCUACUCCUGCUCUAGUGUUAGGAGAAUAAAUGUGUGUUCCUAGCGUUAGUGAUUUAUCUGCUGUUUAGAUUAAGCCCUCCAUAAAAUGAUUAAAUUAUCAUUGCCACUGCGACUUCUCCCAUGGCUGAUAGCAUAGUUACUGAUAAUCUCAGCUACUUUAAUGCGUUCCCAUAAAGAAGCAUUGGAGGCUAGUGUGCUCUAAUCAUCAUGCCCUUAUAGAAAUUCAUUGAAUUAGCACGUCUCUGUAGAGAGCCUUGAGCGUCUUAAUGCAGAGCGUGAAGUCACUGUAUAUCGGCCAAGUAAAGAUUGUAGGACAGGACCAGGAAGCCCCUCUCGAAGCUGUCUGAGUAAUAAGCUAAAUAAAAAGGCAGUGUGUAUGUUGCAGAGACUGUAGGGACAGUCCCUUUGCCAGAAGGGACUUACAUUAAGUUGGAGAGGUUCUACUGCUUAGCGUCUCUUUUACCCGUAAAACACUAAGCGUGUUGAAAUGCUUUAGGACUGUAGAAUGUCCCUUUAACGGCAAUAUGGAAGAGUUGAUUUUUCCUAUCUAUAUUAACGUAUCACCCAGAAUCAUACUAGUUAUGGUUGUCAAUCUGAUUCUUAUUUAAAAGCUUUUUAGAUAAAAGAUAUUUAGAAUAUGCACCUGCAUUUCAUAUAAUAUGAGUUGUGCAUAUAUAUUCAGCUACAACUUUUGACAUUUCACAUCAGUUCCAGAUGUCGGCUCAAAUGCUUUCUUUUACUAAACACUAUCAAAUCAAGCUAUAAAAGUUGCUAAAUUAUGGAUUUCAUUGACAUUUAAAUUUACAUUUUCAAUUGUGUGGAUGACAUGAUUGGCUUCACACGUGUCAUAAGAUAUAAAUUAUUAAUUGUGCUUACAAAUCACCAGUAAGCAUAUAGAUGAAAAUAUGUUCAACAUAAGGUAUAUUUCUGUUGCUCUGCUUUUGGCAAAGAAAGCAUCCAUUCGCCCCUCUUCCUGCUGUCAAACAAAGGACAGCAUGCUUGUUCUACUUAAAAUUUCACAUGUUUCUAAUUCAACAGUGACUGUCAUCUGAAUCACAUAUUCUAAAGGGACCUUGAUAAAGGCGAGAUAACGCCAAGACCAGUUGGUGAGAAUAUGUACAGUGAUUGGCGAAUUGUUUACUGUAUAAUUUAAAACAUAAAAGUAAGAAGCAUUGUCAUUAGUUUGAUAUGGCAGAGCUCCCUCCUUUGCUUUAUCUGCAGAUCUGUUUAAGGGACGUUUUGCCUUUCAGAUUGCUCAGAUUGAGAGGAAUGCUGAGAAACCACAUGAAUAGACUUUGGUUAGAUUUUAUUGACUUAUAUUGUCUCAUAUUUUCAAGUUCAACAUUAGUUGGCUACAAAAUAAACGAACCUUAUGGUAUCCAGUGCACGAUGUAAUGUAAGAUGAUUUUGGUCUAAUCUCUGAUGGAGGCAGAUACAUCUGUUAAUAAAUUUAUUUUAUAGAUAUUCGGUACAUCAUUUAAAAAAAGCUGUCAAGUUUUAAGUUAGAUUUUUUUUUUUUUGUUUGUUAUAAUAUACAGAUGUUCUCCCUUGUUCUUUUAAAAGCUGCUUUGUCAUAUUUUUAUGGUAGAUGCAAUUAAAAGUCAUUAAUAAGGAUAAUCUAAGAACCAUAUCCUCUGCAGCUCAUUGUAGCAUUUUGGUUUUAAAAAAUGUAGCUUUUUUUGUGUUAAAUAUUUUGAGCAGUUUCUCACAUAUAAACUCUCUGCUGCUACUUAGACAACCAUGCCUUUUAGCAGUGGGGUACACACAAUCCAUGGGGCCCCGGUGCGAAACUGCUCUGUGCCCCCCGAUCCAUGGGCCCCCCGAGACAUACAUAGACACAAACACAUACACACAGACAGACACCCCCCCGACAGACACAUACAUACACACAUACAUACCUACAGACACACACAUACAUAUACACAGACAGACACAUACAUACACACAUACACACACACAGACACAUACAUACACACAGACAUACACAUACAGAGACACAGACACACACACACAUACAGAGACACACACACACAUACAGAGACACAGACACAUACAGAGACACAGACACACACAAAGCAGAGACACACACAUACAUAUACAUACAUACAGAGACACACACAUACACAAAAUUCUUCCUACUUUCCCUGGGGUCCAGUGGGGGUUCAGCCUGAUGGGAGUCAGAGUUCCCACUCUGAGUCCCUCCUCCUUCCUGCUUCCUCCCGCGCGGGCUCUCUGUAUGCUGGGAGGAGUGACCGGGGAGUCACUUCCUCCCAGCAGCGAUGAUGUAAUAAAGGGGGCCCGGUCGCGCUGGUAAAGCACCCAGCGCAGACCGGGCCCUCUCAUAAUCCAUAUCCAUCGGGUGGCCCUGACAGUAUGGGCCACCCGAUGGACCCCUUAAUACCGGGUUGCGGGGGUCUGCAGGACGGCCGGGCCCCUUGGAGUGACGGGCCCGGUCGCAGCUGCGACCCCUGCGACCGCGGUAUGUACACUGCUGCCUUUUAGUGAAUGCAUUACCCAUAUAAAGCUGUCAAAUGUUUUGCCUACAGGGUGGCUUUGGAAUACUCUGCAAUCUUUGAAUACUGGGAGAGCCUCAGUUUUUUUAAACUGGGCCAAAAUAAUUUGGCAAAAAAUUUAGAAAUAACACCCCAAGAUUUUAUUCAUGUCAGAACCAUUUCAAUAAGCUAUAGUGAUUGUGGUGUUUUGAGUACCCCCUUAACAUUCACAAAUUUUAAAUUUAACCACAUUGUAAACAUCUUUCUAAUCAGACCUAGAAUGAUAAUACACCUAAAAAUAUGUUGUUGUUUUUAAUCUAAAGGUUAUAAUAGACUACAUAAUAUCAACACUGUUCACUAAGCAAACAUUGUAAACACAUUUGGAAUUGCUCAAUUUAAACAUUGAUCUUAUCAGAGACAUGUGUAGCACACUAUGUGAAUUCAGAAUUCAGAAUGUACAGCAACAUCUUUUGCAACUCAGCACAAUGGAAAUUGCACACGCCUAGAUUAAUAUCUCUCUAAAAAGUAUAUUGUUUUAUUUAAGUGGCUACAUAUUACAUCCAAAUGAUCAAACAUACAUUGCUCUUAUUUAUAACUAAUCACUCUGCAGUUUUCUGAACAAUAUUUUUCAGGUUGCUCAGCCAGCUACAAUACAUGAUUAUAUUGACUAGAUGCAUCAAAACAAGCAAGCAGAAUGGGUAAUUGUCCAAUGUAUAACUGGUCAGUUUAAGCAUAAAAAACACCUUAGUUUAAUAAAGUGGUUUUGGUGCAUAGAUCAUGAUUCAUGUCAUGUAGCCUCGUUGCUCUUUUUUCUUCUACUUAGGACAUAAAUCCCUCUAUCUCCCCCUGCUGUCACUCACGCAGUUUUUCUCUUUACGUUUUUCUCCUAAUGUUAAAAAACAAUUUAGAAAACUUGAGUACAGUUGUCCAAUAUGGUCAGAGACAUGCAUAGUAUCUAAGGUACCCAGAACAGAAAUCUCCUUUGACAUCUCACCCAAAUUAAAAAAAAAAAAGUAAAACGGGUGUGGGUAUAUUUUUUAAGAAAAUCAUUUUCAACUGGUUUGUGAAAACUAUUUUCAUGAGAACCAAAGCCAAUUAUUUUUGAUUGAUAUAACAUAAUCUGUCUUGUUUCCCUUUCUGUCUCUCACUUGUAUGUCACUUUGCAUUUGAUCUCCUACAUGUGUCUCCUACCCCUAUAUUUCCCCCGAUUGUGUCUGCCUCUUCAUCUCUUCCCAUUAUUUGUGCCUCAAUACUCAUGUGUUCCCACUUCUAUACUUCCCUCCAUCAUCUCCCACACUUAUAUCUCUGUCCCUUACCUUUAUUUAUUACUUUAUAAAGCGCCAACAUAUUCCGCAGUCCUGUACAUUUCAAAAAAAGACAAUACAAUAUAAACAAUACAAAAAGUAAAGUGCCCUGCCCAUGAGCUUACAAUCUAAAAAUUAAAAUGGGGAGAUGGGACAAGAGGUUGCAGAGAAAUUUGGAAGUGAUGGCAGAAAUAAUUAAUAGUAUAACUGCACUGUGAAAAAAAACCCAUAUUUCUUUGUCCCAGUUAUUUUCCCUGCGUUCGCUAGAUUGAUCUACCGAACACUGACCACCCCCUGGCUCAUUUCCAGGAGAGUACUGUUCUGUAGGAUGGUUCACACGAACAACUACCUAUGAGCCAGGGGAACCGUUCAACUUUUGGUUUGGUUUGAAACUCCCGAAGGUGAUUGACCACUACCACGGAUUCUCUGUAACUAAUUUGGGCAGAUGCCACUUGUGCAGUCAGUGAAAACUUCACCCCGAUGUUCGUGGGAUCUGAGCGCUAUUUGGAUAUGUUGGGAGCUCAGAUCCAGGCUAUCCGGGGAUAUAAUAUGUGUGGGGGUUCCUAUGUAUGCUAUAUGUAUUUUGGGGUAUUUUAUGUUUUAUAUUUUGUACCUCUAGUGUCUGGGAGAUAGUUAGUUUAAAAAAGUACACUCAAUUAUCUCUCAGACACAGAGACUACUGGGCGUGUUGUGGGAGUGUUUUGCUAUGUUACUGCUGGAGACCACAUGGCUAUUGGGCCAUAAUAAAAUAUUCCUGUUGUACCCUUCAUCAAUUCUUGACUGAUGUUUGGGUAUGUGAACGACAAACCACUUGAUAUUUUUUUUUUUUUUUAAUUCUUUAUUUUUGGUUUGACGGAGUAGAUGGUAAACAUGAAAGCAGUUACAUUUUGGUACAUGACAGCGCAGUGUCAUACAUUAGCGUAUCGAAUGCAAUUGACAGUUGUCUGUUUAGGCAUAUCAUAUACAUCAAGUUUUCUGUGGGGGUCUUCGUCUGAACUUUUGGUAUAGGUGGCAAGCAGUGUUAACUAUAUACAAUAGCUUUGGUGUGAAGGGUUAGGCUUAGAGAGUAGAGUGUCAGUCCCCCCGCUUCCUGUGGUAUGCGACUGCGCCCUCCCUCCCUUCUGCGCUACGCAAAAUGUUGGCGUGCUUUUAUUUGCCUUUCCCCUCCUGCCAACUUGCAGGUCUGGGGUGCUUGCCUUCAAGGGAUAGAUAGAAAGGAAAAGUAAAGAGUUGGAGACAAGUACAUGCGUGCUUAACAGUUUCAGUUUGAUAUGGUUACCGGAUGAACUACCGACGGGGGUGGUCAGUUCCCUUAAGCCAAACCACUUGAUUUUAACCACGAUCUACUGGGAUUUCGGGAGAGUACGAACUAGCGUACUAUGGGAAUGGGCUAUAAUCAAUAAUGUACAUGGGGAUUUAGGCCAGAGCGCAGGUAACGUUCUCUUUGUUUUAACUAUGUAUUUUAAGCCGUUGGAUCCUAACCUACUGCUCAAAACAUGCAACAUGCACUGGGAGUGGAGAGAGGAUGAGCUCGACUUCAUAUUGGCAAUAUGACUUUCAGUCCCCACUCCUUCCACUUACAGUGCGUGGUGUGCAGUCUAUACUGUGCUAGCGCACCAAGAAGAGGAACACACAUGGUCCAGCCUUGUUUUGAUACAAGGCAGAGUCAGGAUAGGACCUUUCUCUCCGUGUUCUAGUAAACUGUUAUGUUACUUUUUUGACACUUCUGGCCACAGAACUCUUGUCAACUUGCCCACAGUGGAUGUUUAGUAAAGAAAUUAUCAAUUUUCCCAAAACAGAUAAAACUAGACAAAAUAGCAGUUCACAAGAAAUGUAUCACCAUUAACUAAUGCUACAAAUAAAUACAUAUUUCACUAAAAAGUUAAAUAGUUUUUGAAAAAGAUGACAAAUUCCAAAUCUAUAAUACAUUUGUAAAGUUACAUAGUUACAUAGCUGAAAAGAGACUUGCAUCCAUCAAGUUAAUCCUUCCUCACAUAUGUUUGUGCUGUUGAUCCAAAAGAAGGCAAAAAAACUCAUCUGAAGUGCUUCCAAUUUUGCAACAAACUCUGAAAAAAUUCCUUCUUGACCCCAAAAUAGCAGUCAGAUGUCUCCUUGGAUCAAGCAGCUAUUACCCCACCUAAUUAGAAAUUAUAUCCCUGUAUGUUUUGUUUUUGCAAGUAUUUAUCCAAUUGUAGUUUAAACAUCUGUAUGGACUCUGUCAAAACCACCUCUUCAGGCAAAGAAUUCCAGAUCCUUAUUGCUCUUACUGUAAAAAAAAAAAAUAUGUUUCUUUGCCUUAUAUGAAAUCUCCUUUCUUCCAGCCUAAAUGUGUGACCUUGUGUCCUUUUGUAUAGCCCUGUUUAUGCAUAGAUUUUCAGAUAAUGGUUUGUACUGGCCCCAAAUAUAUUUGUAUAAUGUAAUCAUAUCCCCUCUGAGGCACCAUUUUUUCCAAAAUAAACAUAUUUCAUUUUUUUUUAACCUUUCUUCGUAACUCAAAUGCUCCAUUCCUUUUAUCAAUUUUGCAGCUUGUCUUUGCACUUUUUCUAGUGCCAUGAUAUACUUCUUUGGAACAGGUGCCCACAAUUGCCCAGCAUAUUCAACAUGUGGUCUUACCAGCAAUUUAUAAAGAGGCAAAAUUAUAUUUUCAUACCGAGAAUUAUUGCCCCUGUUUAUACAUGACCCUUGUUUAUAAAUCAUCUCUUAACCAGCUCAAUGAUCUUUAAAAAGUAGAAUUAGCCAUAAGUAGUUUGAAAUGCAAAACAGAUCCAGGCCCAAGUGACUUAACUCCUUACCGUCAUUUCAUGCAGUCCAAAAUCUGUUAUGGCUGGCUAGGGUUUGCUCACAGUGAAGGUUUGCUCACAGUGAUGAUGGUGUUAGUUACCAUUUGCCCACGAGGACUGUCUGAUAAUAUUAUGCUAAAACAUCAUCGGUGUCAAACUGGGCACAACUAGAAAAUCUUUUCGGAGGUGAAGGCAUUUGAUAAAUAACAUGCAAAAUGUCAAACUAUAAAAAUAGAUAUGAUAAUACAUACAACAUAUGUAUAAAGUGAAUUAUAAAAAACUGAGACUAUUUUUUUUUUAUUUUUUUUUAAUAAAGGGUCAACCAGGUACAUGGUACACCUAUGUCUUCACUUGUCAUUAAAAAAAUAAAAUAACAAGAUCAGCUGACACUUUGAACAUUGUUUAGCUUGUUUGAUUUAUUAAUAUUUUCUUUAGAGUAGACAAAACAUUACACAACAUAUCGGAAGUUUUGUAUCUGUUUAUUUUGUCCUAAGUAGUAGAACGUGUCAGUGCUUCCCUUUAUCACACUUGUUGUAAAUAUUUACCAUCAACCCUUUGGUGACAGAAAUAUUUAAAUGUUAGAAAACAGGGUGAGCCCAAUUCUAGCAAAAAUAUCCUUAUAAGCAGAUGAUAUUGGUGUUAACAGAGCCAACAUCUUUGUUUAGAGAAAUUGAAUUAUAACAUUACAUUCUCAUUCAAUGAUGACUAUACACUUCAGUUCAAUUUUAUUACUCCGAUUAAACAAAAGUCAAAACUUGAAAAAUCAUUUCUUUGAAAACAAGUUCAUUAAAACCCAACGUUAUAAACAAUCUUGCCUACAUAUUUCAUAUGAUGCCAUUGAUAUUACACAAAAUCUACCUAAUUCUCUUUCAAAUUACUAAUAGUAACAUCACACACAAUAGCUUGAGUGAAAAUGGAAAAUCACUUAAGCAAAGUUUAUUUAUAUGGAGAAUGGACAAAAUAUUUCACUUAGGUCAAUCAGACUGAACAUAUUCUUAACACGGUCAAAGUUCAUUAUACAUCCCACAUCAUUAUGAGACAUUCAUAAACGACCUGAAAAUGUUGGAUAUUUUAUUAAGGGUUUAUUGAUCCGAACGGGACAACUAUUUUGAAAAGAUCUUGUACAUUUUGCAAGUUAAGAUAAGUACUAUCCCCUGUAUAAAGGAGAAACAAGAACAUUAAAUAUUCUCAUAUUUAAAAUACAUCUUCUGGGUCAAGUUGGACAAAAAUCAGACAUAUUUUCAGAGGUGAAGACAUUCGAUUAUCAGCAUGCAAAAAUUAAAACUAUACAACUGGAUAUGAUAAGCCAUACAACAUAUGUAUAAUGAAUAAAUGUAAACAUAUAAUAACUUAAAUUGCUAAAUAUGGAAACUAUGGUGUAUGUAUGGGGAAAAUAGUUAAAUUAGGUGUCAUAUUUGUCAUGUAAAAUGCUCAAAAAUUGGAUAGAAUGUACUAUUGGCAAGUCUUAUAGAAGCUGGUCUUAAAGAAGCAGACACCUAGUAGAUAUUGGUAACAGAUAUCAGACGACACAUAGUCAACUAACAUAAACAGAGACAGACCAAACCAAGGUACCAGAAAACCGGUGCCAAAUUAAGACCAAAAGAAUGAAGAGCCAAAAGGUGGUGUUACACUGUCAGCAGCACUGGGCUAUAUUUCUGUAUGAAGAGCUUUUCAAACUGAAAUGCUGCAGACUACAAGCAACCAUAAUCAAGACAUUUAAGUGGUCAUGGUGUUUGGAGUAACUCAAUGAAGCGGUCUAAGUCCAGUGUCCCCGUCCUUUUAACCCUCCAAUUGCAGUUUUUGUCUACAUUGCAGUGUUAAGUCCUCCUAUGGUAGUAUGACAGCCAGUAGAGAUGCUUCCUUAAGACUGACCAAGUAAAAUAUAAUGCAGCUGCCCCAUAGGAAAAGCCUGACUCGAUGUGUUCCUAUGGAAAAAGUUUGAAUGCACGGCCCUUGUUGCGUAUUUCUAUUAGGUCCCCAAUGAUCAUCUGUGAGAAGCAUUGGAUUGGAUAUUGCAGAGGAAGCCUUGCCUUCUCCAUGUGGCCGUUAGUGGAGGAUUUGGUGUAUUCCCAAACUAUAUAUAUUAUGUAUGCAUACACGUAUAAACUCUGGUCCGUUUACUUUAACAAAUAUUUAUUCGGGGGACAAAACAACAACAUACAAAUAAUGACAUACAAUCUAACUAAAACAAUAACAACAACCACAAUCUAACCAAUUAACUAUAAGAACUAAACCUUAUAAAGUCAUCAGAUCCCACUCACAGUUCACCAUGAUAAAAAAUAGCCCAUGUCUGCUUACAUGUCUGCUCAGUAGCACAGGAAGGAACAGGGAGGAAUGGAGACAAGGGGAAGUGGUUAUCUUUCCUGACUUGUAAAGGUAUUGAAUUACCUAAUUACCAUAUCAAAGGGUACAGUUUACCCCAUGUAAGAAAGGCAUACAUGAGCUUGGUCCCAUGACCCCUGGUCACCAUAUUAGUUUGAUGGCAGAAUGUCACCACAGAGGAGAGUUGAGCAGCUGAGCUAAGCAGUCCCAAGUAAAACUUUAUAUUUUAGCUUUUUUAUUUUUGCACAGGUGAGAAUAGGCCUGCCUACAAGUAGGGACAUGGAUAUUAUAAUGUAGCAUUCCUAUAGAGUUCCUUUCAUCAGAUUGCAUAGUAUUAGUAGAUAAGCAUAGUGGGUAGAUAGUAGCUAGCAACAUCAUUUUUGGGAACGAACCUUUGUAAUAUAAACAGAAGAGGGGUAUGCAAACCAUUGGAAGACGCCCACUACAAAUAAUGUAUGAUCACUAGCAUGGUAAUUUAUACAUGGCAAAAAAGACUGAUUAAUCCAUUUUUAAACAUGCCUACAUCCAGUAUUACUUUAAUCUCGGGUCCAAAAAGCUUAAAAUUACAUAAAUUUAGUUCCAUCACAGACAGAUGGGACAUAGAUAGGCAAAUCAAUAUAAAGUCUGAGAGUUAAACUAAAUACACCACUAGCUAGACAAAUAGAGAGAGAGAGAUGGAUAGAGUAAUAGAGAGAUGGAAACAUGCUAUAAUGACAUUUGAUUGUGUAACCAUGGUGGCUAACUAGUGUGUUAGGUAAGAAAGAGAACGAGAACAGACUGGCCAUCACUCAUUCUUCAUAAAUGCUGUAAAGCAGAACUAACCUAAUAAUAAUACCACCAGUUUCAUCAUACUGUUUUCAAUGCUUUCAAAUGUCACUUAACAGUCAGUUAGCUUAACUAAAUUAGUCAGUUAAUAUUUAAAUAGUUAUAUUUAAUCAAGUUAUUAUUUUUUUCUUUUUGAAGGUUUGAAAUAUAAACCCUAAAGAAGACAUGAUGUUGAAUGCAACAGGCAAUCCACUUGAUGAAAUCUGCAGUAUCAAUGAGUUCCGGAACAAAGUCUAUUCUACAGCCUAUUCUAUGUUCACACUGUUUGGACUUAUUGGGAAUAGUUUUGCUUUGUUUGUUCUUCUGAAGACCUACAGCCAAAGAACAGCCUUCCACAUUUAUAUGCUAAACCUUGCCAUCUCAGAUCUGCUUUUCAUCCUAACUCUUCCUUUCCGAGUGAUCUAUUAUGUCAACAAUGGAAAAUGGUUCUUUGGAGAUUUUAUGUGUCGGAUGUGCUCCUAUGUUUUUUACGUCAACUUGUAUUGCAGCAUAUUCAUUUUGACAGCAAUGAGCGUCACACGAUUUCUUGCAAUAGUGUUUCCGGUUCAAAACCUUAAACUGGUGUCUGUUAAAAAAGCCAAGUGGGCUUGUGUUGGAAUAUGGAUUUUUGUCACGGCUACAAGUUCACCAUUUCUAAUGACAGGCUCUCACACUGAUCCAGACAACAACAAGACAAAAUGUUUUGAGCCACCACGGAAUGCAAAAAAUUUGCUUGCACUAAACUACGUCUCCUUGAUUAUCGGGUUUAUCAUUCCAUUUACAAUAAUUGUGAUUUGCUAUACCAUGAUUAUAAGAACAUUGCUACAGAAUUCUAUGAAGAAACAUCACUCUUCCCGUAAGAAGGCUGUUCGGAUGAUUAUCAUUGUUAUGACCGUUUUCUUUCUGAGUUUUAUGCCAUAUCAUCUCCAACGUACGAUACACCUGCAUUCCAUUAAGGAAAAUAAGAGUUGUGAAGAAAAGUUGUCAGCCCAAAAGAGUGUGGUCAUAACACUGGCCCUUGCAGCCUCCAAUUGUUGCUUUGAUCCUUUGCUCUACUUCUUUUCAGGAGAGAACUUUCGGAGGAGACUAUCUACUUUCCGUAAACAAUCUGUAACAAGUAUGGCGCAAGAUUACAAAAGGAAGAAGUCAGGAAGUUUACAAGAGAAAUCUGAAGUGUUUAAUCAACUUGAAAAGCAGCACAGUAAUGAAAGCUAAGACGGAAAAACUUGAUUGUCUUGGGUUUAGGGCACAACCAUUAAAACAGACUGCCCAUUUUAGGCUUUAUUUCCUUGGUGAAUGCUCAUCUUGAGGUAACGGCCAUCAAUGUAAAAACGGCAACAGCAGAGCCGACUCCAUUCUUUCUUGGUAUUACAAGGUUUGAAUUUUUUUCUAGAAUAUAAUGAGCAGAGACUCUCAAAGGAUUGAGGAAAACAAGGUUAAUAUAAUAAUGAAAAACCUUCCAGGCAAACUUGUAUAUUAAUAUAUUUUUUAGUAGUUGAUAUAGUAUACUUUUUUUGAACAGGAGGUACUAUGUGUGAUUCCAUAAAUCCAACAAAAAUUGUGUUUCUGGUCACUUUUAAAUAAUUAGAUGAAUGGUUAUAAUUCAUGAAAAAUAAUCCCAGAUCCAUUUUUUUUUCAACCUAUUUUAGCGAUUUUAGCCUUAGAGCAAGCAAUCACACUUUAAUAUGGACCUGUUUUUUUCAUCCCAUAAAAAUUAUCUGGAAUAUAAUUAAAAUCAAAGAAUAUCAAUGUAUAUUUUUUUGUCUAGUAGUAUUAAUUUAUUAGCCAAUUUCUCUAGGUGUAUUCAUUUAAUAGCCAAUGUUUCAGAAGAAGACUGAAGAGCUAUAUUUGUUAUUGUGUGUUUUCGUAAAGAAAAAGAUAUUAUGUUUCAUCAUUUUGCACUAUAUUAUUUUACUAGCUCAGGAUGUCUAUAAAGUAGGGAAUUUAAUUUUCCAUACAUGAUUUCAGAGUGUAAAACUAGCAGUAACAGAGAAAAAAGGUAUCCAAUCUCAAAAAUCGGAACUGUGGCAAAUUGAAAAACCGAACGGCAAAAUUUAGCAAAUUUGUGACUGUUAUUGAAUUUGAGAAUUUUUUGGCCUAAUGUUUGAUACAAUUCGGAGUUCCGUCAAUAAACUCUUGUUGAUUUUUGUCCAUUGAUCCAGUAGUAUCAGUAACUGAAUUUCACGUGAACGCAUAGAGAUUGUGCAUUACCAUAUGAAGAAGGCACUACUAGCCAUGUUGAACCAAAAUCAUGAUAAAUUAAUCCCCGUUGACUGCAAAGAGAAUUUAUGUUUUAACCUCACCUAAACCAGAAUAUAUAGUAAGAAACGUCAGUGACAUCAGAGUCCACUGAUGUUCACCUGAUACUUCCAACACUGUGUAGACUUAAUGACGUGUUUCAUGGUCUCAACGCAUUUUGCCAAUGGCACAAAAAAAAAAAAACUUUUAUGAGAAUAAGUAGAUUGAGAAUGGACUUGGCAUAACUUGUGGUUUAGUAAACAAAGCUUUGGAGAGGACUUGGCAGCACUUGUGGUUUAGUAAACUAACCCACAGAUAAUUUAUUCUCAGGCUUUAAUAAAAAUAGUAUAUGUUUGCCUAUUUGGAUAGAAGGAGUUUAAACUGUGAUAACUGUAGCUUGAUUUACGUGUUAUGGUUCUUUGGCUACUUGUAGUCAGUGAAAAUAGUGAGCGAGAGAGACUGUGUGUUUGUGUGUGUGUGUGUGUGUGUGUGUGUGUGUGUUAUUUCAUAUAACAAAAAGCAGGAGAGAGACCUUUGGAGGCUUCUCAUGUAUUAGUUGGAAGUGUACCAGUAAAACAGUGUUUUUUUUGUAUUUAUUUCUUAUUUGGGCAGUGGAGUGUUCCUGUUAAGUAAAUAAUCUAAUAGCAUUUAAGAAAUUCAAAAAAUAUUGGAUACACAUAAUACCAAAUAAAUUAACACAAAUAGUGAGGUAGCUCAGUGGUUAUAUGCCCCAACUGCUGUAUACCCAAAUAGAUUCAUUCUUACCAUUAUCAUACUACUUAACUACUUUAAAAAAUGCCACAUUGCACCCUUCCUGGUGAAAUAAUUGAGGUUACCAUUUCCCUUACAGCCCUGUAACUUAUUCCCCUAAAGAAGUGAGCCCUAAGUCAAGCACCUAUUACUAUUUGUAUAUAUUUUAAAGGCACGUGCAGGUAUUACAGAGCUGAAUUAAGUUUCUAAAUGUUAAAAUGAGUGUUUGAGAGUUUAUGAAAAGCCAUGUUUUGUAAACAUAUGUACAGUGUUUGUGAUACAUUGUUUGAGAUAUAAUUGAUGGUUUAUUGUGGUAUGUAUUAUGUGAAAUAUGUAACUUAUAAAUAACAUAUUUGCUUUGUGCUAAAUAAA